AUGGCUACCGCGGUGCCUUCGAGGUUUGCUGUACUUGCUAUUGAUGACGAUGACUCUAAACCGAAAAAAAGUAAAAAAACUACGAGUACUAACAACAACAAUGAUAAAAAUGUUAAUAACAAACAACUGAAAAAUAAAGUUAAUAAUAAAAACAAGCCACAAGUACAACAAAAUUCUUCUCAGCCUAAAAAAGAUGACAAAAAAAAAUCAAAACAAAAUAAGAAGAAGAAAGUUGAAAAAGAGAGUCAGCAAUGGGAACAGUGGAAAGAAAAAGAUUCAAUGUCUGUAGAAGAAACUUAUAAACAACAAUUGCACGAAGCAUUGGUACUCUCAAAAUUAGCUUACGAAGAGCAAAAGGAAAAUAGUGUGAAAAAAAGUCCGGAUCACUCGAAUGAUGAUAUAUCACUCGUCCAAUUAAAAGUCCAAGUUGAAAAACGCGACGCUGAGAUAGAGGAAUUGAAAAAUAUAAUUGAGGCUCUGAGGAAUGAAUUGUCUCAGGUUAAAGAGAGAAACAAGAAGCUUUGCAAUAUUCUCGCUGUUGGAGAAAUGAAAGACAAAGCUUCAGUAAUUGCAGAAGUAUCAAAAUUACAAGAGAUAAGAGACGAAUUGACAUCUGAAGUAAGUUUGCUACACGCGCAACUGGAACAGGAACGUUCUAAGACACGAGCCUCCAGUGCUGAUUUAAAAAAUACUAAAAAUAAGAAAAAAGUCACUAAUGACACUGCCUAA